AUGGCCACUCAUACCAAUGACUUGGAGGUCGUGCAGAUCGACACCAACAAGAACAUCAUUGCAGAAACUGAUGGCGCAUCGCCCACUCUGAACACCAACGGAACAUUCGUGGUAAAAGUCGACGUACAGCAGUUCCUGUGGGAUAACAUCCCAGUCAAGCCUGUUGACAAUUUCCCUAUGGCUGAAGGGAAGCGUGUGGAAUGUGAAGUCAACAAUGGCUUUAUCACCAGACAUUUCACUCAAAGUUACGAACUUCCUACUGAUUCAGCAGUGAUUAUGACCGGUUUUCUGACUGAGGAUUUUCUGACCAUUAAGGCCCCCAAGAACAUCAUGAUCGCCAACUACCAUUUCCCCACAUGCUGA